AUGGCGACACCACAAGCCACGCACUUCAGCGUCCUUCCCGUCGAUGUCAUAGAUACCAUCACACAACAACUGGAUACCACUCGCAACUCUCAUGCAUCAUUCCUCCGCCUGCCACACCCACGGACUGGCGAAUUGUCAUUAUUCUUACCCUACCGGAGAACUGCCUCGACAUCAACAUCGAAAUGCGAAUGGGAUAUUUUGGAAGUGCAGAGCAUCUCCCCGCCGGGUUCACGAUCCUGGUUCUUGGAUGAACCAGACGAGGGCGCCGUGGUUGCAGACGGCAAACUACUCGUCAUGACCCCUAUAGACCCCGCUUUCCUCUUACUACCUCUUUUACUCGCUGUGCGCCCCGCAGACAAGAGCGUGGGCAUGUUCCGGCCACUGGACGAAGUCUUCGACAGCGCACACGAAAAGCUGGCGGGAGUAACUUCGGAGGAUGUCUCAUUCCUAAUCAACCUGGACUGCGUAGUGGGUGCUAUGCGCAGAAUAUGCGACGUUCAGGAUGUUACACCAGAACUAGCUGUAUACCGGUAUUCUGAGGGCAAGGUGGUGGAAUAUUUGAGAAAGAAGACGGCCAGGUUAGCAGAACCGCGGGUCAGCGAGCUGAGCAAAACGGUCGUUCGGUCACUGGCGAAGGACGCAUUGAUGGAGGAUGGGAAAGAAGAACUGCUUCAACUUGGACGUACGAAGGCGGCGUGCAAUGUGGUCUCACAGUACCUCCCACCGGCUCUCUACGCUGCCCUGCUAGCAUCAUACAACUUCUCGCCUCUAGACGCCCACACUCGUGCCCUCGAAGAUGAACAAAACGCAGCUAUGGUGCCAAUCAAAACGAGGAAUACAAAUAUAGACGAUGAUGGCGCCGCAGGAAAGAAGAGGAAAGGAGCGAAAGCGGAGAAGCCAAGUAAUGGGGUGCAGAAGUUGCAGAAAGCGAGCACGAAGGGGAUGUCGAAGCUGUCUACAUUUUUCACUAAGAAGUGA